AAACAACAGAUGUGUUUGUCUUCACUACUUAGUGACUUUGAAGUAGAAUACGUGGUACCGCUGAUGUUGUAAUGUUGCUCGCCGAUGUCUUAGUUUGUUUUCUUUCAUUAUUUAUUGGUGUUCUUGCUAACGACACAAAAUCUUGUGCUGUUUCAGGGUUCACUUCAUUACUCAAGUGCUCCUCAUGUUCAGAGUUGAAAAAGUUCAAAUUAGAAAAGAUUGAAAAAUCUUGUUUUCAGUGUUGUGAAGAUGAAAAUGUAUCUGGAACUUCUAAGGUAUGUAGGUUUUCUAGUCUAUUUCCACAGAAAUAUGCUUUUGCAGAACUAGUAACUUGCUCGUGAUCCUUAGAACGCUAUCCUCAAGUGCUUGGUAAGUUUUUGUUUAUAGGAAAUAGGAAUCGUUAGUAUUUAGUAAUGUUAAAUUUCGCAAGUUUCCCACCAUAGAGUAUGUGGUAGUUAUUAGCUGGUCGAACUUUUCGAUAGUCACAAGUCUGUCUAUGUCUGAAUUACUAUCGUUAGCACAUAUAUACAUUUUGUAAAAGUAAGCCCAUACUGUACUGUGUCUAUUUUAACCGGAUAUCACAAAUUCAUCAAAAAUAGAAGGUUAUGGUGGUGACGAAAUUUCAUACAGUGAGAAGAGUAUUAAGGUUCUGAUUAUGUAGAAAUAUUGGGGUAUCUGGUAGGCGUAACCGUCUUUGAUACCGCAUUUCGUAGAGGCAAACUACACAACACGUCUUUGGGAAAUGUAUUUUUGAUAUGGACAUUCUAUCACACUUAAAAUAUGAGCAUUUUGUGUAUACAGCGUGUCUUAAUCGCGCAAAUAGCCCAAAGGCUUGUCCCAAAUCAUAAUUAGGUAGGAUGUAGGGUUCUUCUACUAUAUAUUUCGUUUUUGAAGCUGUUUUAUUUGUCGAUCUUGCAUUAUUUCUCCCCAUUUGUAAAUACUAUUUUAACCUGGACAGAUCUACGUGUUCAGCUCACUUUGGUCAUGAAGCGCAGUAUUCUGCAUACCAAGUUUAAAACAAUAAAAAAAUAGCGAUACCGUAAAACUUGGACCUACUAAUGCAGACGUUCUUUUUAGAUUACCAAGUCAGUUUAGUAAAACUAAAUAUUUAUUGUCUUGUUUAGGGGAAUUUAAUCAUCCUUGCAAUUAUAACCAUUUAGUAUUCCUUUUAGCUAUAUCUAACUGUAAACUAAGUAGGGAUAAAUCAUCCUAAUAUCUAAACCACCAGUAAAUCUACCUUUUGUUUUUGGAAAUUCAUUUUUUAGCAUUCAUUGACAGCAAGGAACGGAAGAGUAUGACUAAUCUAAAAGUGGUAUACGAAAGAGGUCAUAGACCUACAAUUCGCAUGCUCAACGAGAAACGACAAGUGCAAGAAGAGAUUCCUAUCGACACUUGGGAUAGCGACACAAUAAUAGAGUUUGUUAAUGAACGCAUCACUAAUCAAUAAAGUUGUCAACAGCUUUCCAUGCGCACUCGUGACUUGUAUGAUGAUACAUGAACUAAAUCUCUUAUAGGAGAUGUUCUGUAUUUGAUGUUUAGUCCAGAGUGCUAUUGAUUAGUCUGUUUGUUUAUACUGCUUCUUCACUUUCUUGUAAACCCUUUAUAUUGUUUGUUUUCAAACUUGGUUCAGUAGAUCAUUUUUGUGUCAUGCGCCUGUAUAAAGUAUUAUUCCCAAAAUUUCAACGUAUUUCGUAAUCUGUGUGUUCUAAUAAACAUAAAUAUCUGUAUACUUGGUAAUGAUUUCGGAUAUAUUAGUACUACUGUAUCCACUAAAACUCAGUAAAGUUAUUAUUGGGUUUAUUGUUGUCUCGAUUUCUAGUUACCCUUCACGCGCUUGAAUUUCGUAAGCUGCCACUGCUGUUUUUCAAUAUCGCACCAUAAAUGAGUAGUUAUAGUAA